ACUUUUCGAAAGUAUCCAGCGGCGGUUAAGCCCAACCUUUGGCACUGUGGCUUUGAGAUGUCGUUACAGAUGCGGCUGCAUACCGAACCUUUGAAAUACAAAGCCGCUUCCACAAUCCCAGCCGCCGUAUACCUCCAAGCGACAUCGAUUCACGUCUAGGAAUUUUGAAUUGAGGUUUUUCUAAAGGUGCAAACCUGUUUGAUUCUUUAUCCACCAUGCGACUCUUGUUAUGCAUACCGUUAUUUGUGUUAGCCACCGAUGCAAUAAAUUUCAUAGUCCAGCUCGAACCAGACGAAAAUAUCGCCUCUUUUGUAGCCAAGCACUCUGUUUCUGAAAACUCAAUUACCGGACAACGUCUUCUAUCGGUUGUUGCUCAUCGCUGGGGAAACUUCCGAGCCAUAUCCGGUGAAUUUUCUAUGGAGACGCUCAAAAAAUUCUACUUUGACGAAAAGGUGGUUGGUAUAUCAAUUGACCGGACUCUUGCCAUUGCGGAUGUACAAGAAUUUGCACCGAAACACCUUGCACGGAUUUCUCAAAAGGAAUCUCUAAGCCCCAAUCAACCACUCGAUUAUGUCUAUGACCCCAGUCUGGGAGUGGGAGUAGAUGUUCAUAUCCUCGAUACGGGCGUAAAGAGCAGCCACCCGGAUAUCUAUGGCAGAGUCAGCCGUCCAAGGUUCUACGUAGCGACGGAGGAUGAGGAUCCCAACGGCCAUGGAACGGCAUUGGCGGGAUUGGUGGGAGGUGAAACGUACGGGGUAGCCAAAAGGUGCAACAUUUUCGACCAUCCCAUCGCCAACAGCAGGGGAAAGACCAAGAUUUCAGCGGUCCUUGCGGCGUUGGACCUUGUGGUGCAAGAAACGAGGCGGAACAGAAGACCAGCGGUGGUACUUCUUGCGUUGACAAUGCCCAAGAACAACUUGCUUAAUCACGCGAUAGAGGAGGUAAUUCAGCAGGGAAUUCCGAUAGUAACCUCAGCGGGUAACUCCAAUAGUGCUGCGUGCAUGUUUUCGCCCGCUUCUGCCAAAAGAGUGCUCACCGUGGGGUCUAUUGACGUCAGGAAAGACACGUUGGCAGCCUUUUCCAACUACGGAGCCUGCGUGGAUGUGUUUGCUCCCGGAGUGGAUGUGACAACAAUCGAUCGCAAAGGAGCGAAAUCCACGGUAAAAUCCGGAACUUCCAUGUCAGCUGCGAUUACGGCAGGAUACGUGGCGUAUUUAAUGGGGAUGGGUGCGGAUCCAGAGACGGUAAUAGAAGAUGUUAUCAAUUCCGCCACCACCAAUGCGAUAACUCAGAAAAACUAUUUGAUAAAGCCGUACACUCCAAACAGGAUUUUGUACAAUGGAGCGGGCCAUCCGACGUGUACCCAGUUUCUCUUCACCUCUUUCCCUCUUGGAUUCUGA